UGUCAUUGUUUUCCUUGAUUUUAAUGUCACUUUUCAAGAUUUGAAUGUCCGUUAUUGAAGUGUAAUAACAUGUCAUCUCCCGCUCCUAAAUCUCCCGAACAAUCGGAAAAGAGUAAAAAAUAUGACAGACAACUACGUUUAUGGGGUGACCACGGUCAGAAAAAUUUGGAGAAUGCCAAAGUAUGCCUUAUAAACGCAACAGCUUUAGGGACUGAAAUACUGAAAAGUUUGGUCUUGCCAGGAAUAGGUUCCUUCACAAUUGUCGAUGGCAAAAAGAUUACAGAAGAGGACAUUGGGUCAAAUUUCUUCUUAGAGUGGGAUUCCACUGGAUUGUCUAGAGCACAAGUUGCAACAAGGUGCUUGUUAGAAUUAAAUCCUGAUGUUCGUGGUGAUUACAUAGAUGAGAGUGCAGAACAUGUCAUGUCUCACACUCAAGAUUUUUUCAACAAUUUCACUGUCGUUAUUGCUACAGCCCUGUCUGAGAAAGUGCUAAUUCCUCUAUCGAAACAUCUAUGGGAAUCCAAUAUUCCACUGGUUGUGUGCAGAAGUAUUGGCUUUUUAGGUUACAUCAGACUUCAAGUUAAAGAGCACACAGUAAUUGAAUCCCAUCCAGAUAGUGAGAAUCCAGAUUUAAGGUUAGACAAACCUUGGGAAGCUCUAAAGGAACAUUUAGACACCUUUGAUGUCCCUAAUUUAGAUUCUAAAACCAAGAGCCACAUUCCAGCUCUUAAUAUUCUUUAUUAUUAUCUGAAAAAAUACAAAGAGCUACAUGGAGGAGAAAAUCCUACAACAAGGGCGGAAAAACAAGAACUAAAAAAUUUGAUACAAGACAGCGUCGUCCCCGAUGAAAACGGCAUAAAAGUGUUAGAGGAAAACAUGAAACAAGCAUUGCAUUACAUAAACAUAGGCCUGACACCAUUGACUGUCCCAGAAAAUAUUCGUGCGUUGCUUGAUGACGACUGUUGCGUGAAUUUAACGCAAGCGAGCUCUCCGUUUUGGGUAAUGUGCUCUGCUCUAAGGGAGUUUGUACAAUCCGAGGAUGCCCUUCCCUUACGCGGCAGUCUUCCUGAUAUGGCAGCUGACACUAAUAGUUAUGUCACAUUACAACAGUUAUAUCAAAAACAAGCUCAGGCACAAGCCGAAAUUGUUUACAGGAGGGCGGCGCAGAUCGCCAGGAAUUUAGGUCUGCCCCAAGACGCAAUUACCGAAAGCGAAGUGAAACUAUUCUGCAAACAUGCCAGCGAACUAUUUGUUUUGAGAACCAGUUGCAUCGCAGACGAGUAUGAGAGAACUAACGUGGAUUUGUCAUCGUAUCUCGAGGAUCCCGACAGUUUGAUGUUCUACUACAUAAUUUUGAGAGGAUUGGAAAGGUUUAUCAGUGAGUAUAAUGCGUAUCCCGGUCAGUUCGACGAUCAAGUGGAACCGGAUGUCUUGAAAUUAAAAGGGAUAAUUGGAAAAUUGUUGUCUGAGUGGGGAUGUUCUCACCUUCUAGGUGAUGAAAGAGUUCAUGAAAUUUGCAGGUACGGCGGUGCAGAAUUGCAUACUGUGUCCACUAUUGUGGGUGGAUGUGCGGCCCACGAAGUCAUUAAACUAAUUACCCACCAAUAUAAUCCUUUGAAUAAUACUUUUAUUUUCGAUGCAACGUCUUGUAAUUCAGAAUCAUUUACACUAUAGUCGAUUAAAUAUCGUUCGUGUAAUAAACUAUCAAUAAUA